GCACACCGCACAGCCCGCCAAGCCUGCAGCACUUGCUCUCCGACCCUUUCAGCAAAACUGUCCGGACCCCCCAGCUAAGCGGGCUGGGCUGGGCUCAGCGUGGAUCCGGAGAGUGGGCGGGGAGGGGCUGGGGAGCACAGCUCUGCCUCGGGCUCUUCUCUGCCUGGACUCCAGAGGCUGCCCCUGCUGAGGGUUCAGCACCCCUGACCUGCGGGGAAAGCGCUGAUAAAAGGGUCAAGUGACAGCCAGAGGUGCAGGCCUAGCAGGAGCCCAUCGACCAGUCCCGCCUCUGCGCCGGCGUCCGCCAGCUGGGAAAUGCUCCAGGCUCUGACCAACGCCAGUUCGGCCCUGGUGCCCCGAGCGGCAGGCUGGGUGCGGACCAUGGCCUCCCACCAGCUGCUGGUGGCACCCCCACAGGCCCUGCUCAAGCCCAUUUCUGUCCCCCAGCGGCUUCUGCUGGGGCCCGGCCCCUCUAACCUGGCUCCCCGCGCCCUGGCCGCCGGGAGCCUUCCGCUGAUCGGGCACAUGCACAAGGAGAUGUUCCAGAUCAUGGACGAGAUCAAGGAAGGCAUCCAGUACGUGUUCCAGACCAGAAACCCGCUCACACUGGCCAUCAGCGGCUCCGGGCACUGCGCCCUGGAGGCCGCCCUGUUCAACCUCCUGGAGCCGGGGGACUCCUUCCUGGUCGGGGCCAACGGCGUGUGGGGGCAGCGAGCUGCAGACAUCGGGGAGCGCAUCGGAGCCCGCGUGCACCGGAUGACCAAGGACGCUGGAAGCCACCACACGCUGCAGGAGGUGGAGGAGGGCCUGGCCCAGCACAAGCCGGUGCUGCUGUUCUUGACUCACGGGGAGUCGUCCACCGGAGUGCUGCAGCCCCUCGACGGCUACGGGGAGCUCUGCCACAGGUACCAGUGCCUGCUCCUGGUGGACUCGGUGGCGUCCCUGGGCGGGGCCCCGCUCUACAUGGACCAGCAAGGCAUUGACGUCUUGUACUCCGGAGCCCAGAAGGUCCUGAGUGCCCCGCCGGGGACCGCGCCCAUCUCCUUCAGCGACAGGGCCAGGAACAAGGUCUACGCCCGGAAGACCAAGCCCUUCUCCUUCUACCUGGACCUCAAGUGGCUGGCCAACAUGUGGGGCUGCGACGGCAAGCCCAGGGUGUACCACCACACGACCCCCAUCGUCAGCCUCUACAGCCUGAGAGAGAGCCUGGCGCUCAUCGCCGAGCAGGGCCUGGAGAACAGCUGGCGGCAGCACCGGGAGGUCACGGCGUACCUGCACGGACGCCUGCAGGGGCUGGGGCUGCAGCUCUUCGUAAGGGACUCGGCAAUCCGGCUGCCCACGGUCACCACCGUGGCCGUUCCCGCUGGCUACGACUGGAGGGACAUCGUCAGCUACGUCAUGGACCACUUCGGCAUUGAGAUCACGGGCGGCCUCGGGCCCUCUGUGGGGAAGGUGCUGCGCAUCGGCCUGCUGGGCUACAACGCCACCCGGGAGAACGUGGACCGCGUGAUGGAGGCCUUGAAGGAGGCCCUGCAGCGCUGCCCCAAGAAGAAGCUGUGACCCCCACUGGCCCACGCCCGGCCCACGCCGGCUGCAGGGGCCCAAGAGGACCCAGGAGCAAACAGACUCUGCGUGGCCAGUGGGCCUGGGGACAGCAAAGCCGCUGACCCAGCCCAGGGCAGGCGGCGCCCGGGGACAGGAAGCAGGGACAGGACCCGGCAGCCUCCCUGCCCAGGCAGCCCUUCUCCCUCCACACGGGGCCUCUUGGGGACAGGCCACUGGGGCUCGGGACCCCGGUGCCUUCCACACGAGCUGCAGGCCACACAGGCCACGCCUUCUGGCACAUUCAAUAAAGAGCCGUCAUCACCUGCC